CAGGACAGGAGAACAAGAAGAGUAGGAAGCUACAAUCUACAAUCCUUGGCCUGGAUUUCAGAGCAAAGAAAGCAUACAUUUAUUUUCAUUCAUGGCUUGGAAGUGGAAGGAUGAUACAGGAGGAGAAAUGGCAACUACAAACCCCAAUAAUGAAACCCUAGGAGUAGGAGGAGGAAGAGAAGGAGACAUGUGCUCGACUCGAAGAAUUGUGAAAUCCAGUUGCAAAACUGAAGAGGUGGCGCCCGGUAAAUUCAUUCGCAAGUGCGAGAAGAGUGAGCAGGUUUUUCGUGAUUGUAUGGGAAGGCCUACAGAAGUGGUGGAGUCCAACACAGAGUUCACGGAACACGAUGUAUCAAAUGAGAUGGUGAAGGGCUCCCUGCCUUUUGAGUCUAUUGCACCUGAACCCUUUAGCUUCCCUGGCCUUCGAAGUGAUAUCGACUCCAUCGAGAGAAGCAUCAUUGGCAGCUUUGACCGCUUUCUAGAGGCUGCAGAGGAGAUGAGCAAUGACUUCUUUCACAAUUUUGGUGCGUCAUCUCGACCUCGUGGUGAAAUAUUUGAUCGACUGAGAACACAUGAUAACUGGCUUGAAAAGGAAAAGGAAGCUCCAAGGGCUAGGGAGAAGCAAACUACCGAAAAUGACUAUAAAGAUUUUGCUGGGCAGAUUAGAGAAGUUUGAUACUCUCCAUAUAAUCAAUUUCAUCCAUCUUUAUAUAUAGGCAUGGAGCUUGUAAAGACUUUGUGAUAGUUUGAAUGGAGUUUGUAAAGACUUUGUGAUAGUUUUUGGAUUGAGUUUGCUUGAAGCUUUUUGUAGGACUGAGGUUGUCAGGUUGGGAUACAUAAGAAAGCUGGAAAUUUGUUCA